UCACUGCCUCUCCCCACCACAUCCCAACCAUGGUUCUGGUUCUGCAGCUGCUACCGCUGCUGCUCUCGGGGGUCCAAGGGGACCCUGGAGCUUCUCUGCACGGCCACCCAGGGGACCGUGUGAAUCUCUCCUGCAUAGGGGUCUCGCACCCUGUCCGCUGGGCCUGGGCGCCCAGUUUCCCAGCCUGCAAGGGCCUGUCCAAAGGCCGCCGCCCGAUCCUGUGGGCCUCAUCCAGCGGGACCCCCACCGUGCCUCCCCUCCAGCCCUUCGCGGGCCGCCUCCGCUCCCUGGACUCUGGUAUCCGGCGACUGGAGCUGCUCCUGAGCCCGGGGGACUCGGGCACCUUUAUCUGCAGGGGCCGCCACGAGGACGAGAGCCGGACGGUGCUUCACGUGCUGGGGGACAGGGCCGAUUGCAAGGCCGCUGGGUCCAGCGGCGGGUCGGUGUAUGCCCAGGUCCUGAUCCCGCUGCUGGGCGUGGUGCUGGCGCUGGUACCGGGAGUGCUGGGCGUGCUCUGGUGGAAGCGCAGACACUCACCUUCUCACCCGCCACGACCACCCCCCAGAUUUGCUCCACUCCUGAAAGCGGAUCCCCAGAGGCCACUAAAGGAGGAGGAGGAGCCCAAGUGUCCAGGGGACCCAAACCAGGAGGAGCCGAGCCUGCUCUACGUGGAUCUGGACCACAGGGCGCUCCGAAGGCCCCGCCGGCCGUCCGCGGUGGGCCCUGCUGACUCCUCCACCGUCUAUGCGGUUGUGGUUUGAAGGGAAGCCCUUACUCCAAACCUCCAAGCUGGGGGCUCCCAGCUGUUCCUAUCCCCCCUCACCUGGAAAAGAAAGGCUUCCUGGGAUACAAACCAGCGCCAGCAGGAGGUCAGGAGACCUGGGUCCCAGGCU